UCAGUACGCCGAGAGGGGUGGAGCUGGGAGAAGACGCGCGCGUCGAGAGCGUGGGCUCGCCUGUGAGCCGGGGACCCGCAGCGCGGUUCGCUGGCUGUCCCGACCCGGUUCCCGCGACCCGAGUCCGUCCGUCGCCGCCUGUCCGGUCGCAGAGCCGCGCCUGCGCAGCGCCCCCGGCCCGAGCAGGCGGCGCCGGCGGCCAUGGCGCACCGCUGCCUGCGGCUCUGGGGCCGGGGAGGCUGCUGGCCCCGCGGCCUGCCCCCACUGUUCGUGCCUGGCGGCCGCCUGGACCCCACCGAGCGGUCCUGCCUCCGGACGCUUUAUCGAUAUGCUACAACUCAAGCAACAACCAGCAGAAAUUCUCUUUUGACAGAUGUAAUUGCUACUUAUCAAAGAUUCUGUUCUCGACCUCCAAAAGGGUUUGAGAAAUACUUUCCUAAUGGAAAAAAUGGGAAAAAACCUAGUGAAUCUAAAGAAGUUACAGGAGAAAAAAAAGAAUCAAAGCCAGCUGCUACCUCACGCCCUUCUGGAGGAGGAGUUGGUGGCGGUGGAAAACGAGGUGGCAAGAAAGACGAUUCUCACUGGUGGUCCAGAUUCCAGAAGGGUGACUUUCCAUGGGAUGACAAGGAAUUCAGGAUGUACUUUCUCUGGACUGCUCUAUUUUGGGGUGGAGUCAUGUUUUACUUCCUGUUCAGGAGCUCCGGGAGAGAAAUCACGUGGAAGGACUUUGUCAAUAACUAUCUUUCCAAAGGAGUAGUAGACAGACUGGAAGUCGUCAACAAGCGUUUUGUUCGAGUGACUUUUACUCCAGGAAAAACUCCCGUUGAUGGGCAAUACGUCUGGUUUAAUAUUGGCAGUGUGGACACCUUUGAGCGGAAUCUGGAAACCUUACAGCAGGAAUUGGGCAUAGAAGGGGAGAAUCGGGUUCCUGUAGUGUACAUUGCCGAAAGUGAUGGCUCGUUUCUCCUGAGCAUGUUGCCUACAGUGCUCAUCAUCGCUUUCUUACUCUACACCAUCCGAAGAGGGCCUGCCGGGAUUGGCCGGACAGGCCGGGGGAUGGGUGGACUCUUCAGUGUUGGAGAAACCACUGCCAAAGUCUUGAAGGAUGAAAUAGAUGUGAAGUUCAAAGAUGUGGCUGGCUGCGAGGAGGCCAAGCUAGAGAUAAUGGAAUUUGUGAAUUUCUUGAAAAACCCAAAGCAAUAUCAAGAUCUAGGAGCAAAAAUCCCAAAGGGUGCCAUUCUCACCGGUCCUCCAGGCACUGGGAAGACACUGCUAGCUAAGGCCACAGCUGGAGAAGCCAACGUCCCCUUCAUCACCGUUAGUGGAUCUGAGUUUUUGGAGAUGUUUGUUGGUGUGGGUCCAGCUAGAGUCCGAGACUUAUUUGCCCUUGCUCGCAAGAAUGCCCCCUGCAUUCUCUUCAUUGAUGAAAUAGAUGCCGUGGGAAGGAAAAGAGGAAGAGGCAACUUUGGGGGGCAGAGUGAGCAGGAGAACACACUCAAUCAGCUGCUCGUGGAGAUGGACGGUUUUAACACAACAACAAAUGUCGUCAUUUUGGCAGGCACCAAUCGACCAGAUAUUCUAGACCCAGCACUGUUGCGGCCAGGGCGCUUUGAUAGGCAAAUCUUUAUUGGACCACCUGACAUAAAAGGAAGAGCCUCUAUUUUCAAAGUUCACCUCAGACCACUAAAACUGGACAGCGCCCUGGAAAAGGAAAAAUUGGCCAGAAAACUUGCAUCCUUGACUCCAGGGUUUUCGGGAGCUGAUGUUGCUAAUGUCUGUAACGAAGCGGCUCUGAUAGCUGCGAGACACCUCUCAGAUUCCAUAAAUCAGAAACACUUUGAACAAGCAAUUGAGCGAGUGAUUGGCGGCUUAGAGAAAAAAACCCAGGUUCUGCAGCCCGAGGAGAAGAAGACCGUGGCGUACCAUGAGGCAGGUCAUGCGGUUGCCGGGUGGUACCUGGAACAUGCAGACCCACUUCUAAAGGUCUCCAUCAUCCCUCGGGGCAAAGGACUGGGUUAUGCUCAGUACUUACCCAAAGAGCAGUACCUGUACACCAAGGAGCAGCUCUUGGACCGGAUGUGCAUGACCCUGGGGGGCCGGGUGGCGGAAGAAAUCUUCUUCGGGAGAAUUACAACCGGUGCUCAAGAUGACUUGAGAAAAGUAACCCAGAGUGCCUAUGCUCAAAUUGUUCAGUUUGGCAUGAACGAGAAGGUUGGGCAGAUCUCCUUUGAUCUCCCACGUCAGGGCGAUAUGGUUUUAGAGAAGCCUUACAGCGAAGCCACCGCGAGACUGAUAGAUGACGAAGUACGAAUACUUAUUAAUGAAGCUUAUAAGAGAACAGUGGCUCUCCUCACAGAGAAGAAAGCUGAUGUGGAGAAGGUUGCUCUUCUAUUAUUAGAAAAAGAAGUGUUAGAUAAGAAUGAUAUGGUUGAACUUUUGGGCCCCAGACCGUUUGCAGAAAAAUCUACCUAUGAAGAAUUUGUAGAAGGCACUGGCAGCUUGGAUGAGGACACUUCGCUUCCAGAGGGCCUUAAAGACUGGAACAAAGAACGGGAAAAGGAGAAAGAGGAGCCCCGGGAUGAGAAAGUCGCCAACCAGAUCCAAGAAGGGAGACCAUUUUAGCUUGUGCCUUUGUCAGGGUCGACUCUGGCUCUCUAAAAGGAAUAAGGACACUGUGGGGUUGAUCGUAACCAUCUGCUGACCUGGUUGAGAUGGUGGGAAAGAGGGGUCCUUAGUCCUCAGCCUCUGAAGUCACAGCCUGGGUGGCAGGGUGACUUUCUGAAGGCCCAGGAGAGUGUGUCCCAAGCCCGCCAGGCUCUCGGACAGUGGCUGGGAGCAUGGAGAGGGCACCCAGCGCUGCUCCCUCCGCCAUCCGUGGUGCCUGCUGGUGUGUGUCGGGCAUCGACCGACCAACCGUGGAGGCUUGCCAGUGUGGGAGAGAUGUAUUUUUCUCUUUCCAUCACCCACUCUUCAUUCCUGUUUCCCUUCAGAGUUUCCCUCUGUGGAUGAGCUGUGAAAUUACAUUGGAGUCCUGAAUAAGAAUAUUUUAAUUUGACUUAAUACUUAAAAGAUUGAAUCCAGAUCACAUGUUGCUGUUUUAAUGGAAUGGUUUUCUACAGAGAGCUGUAACAUAUCUACAAAUAUGAAUGUAUUAUGUAAAUACGGCUUCUUUACAUCAAAAAUAAAGUGUACUGUACUUUUUUCCUUCUGAACUCAA